AAUGGCUGCUGUGUACGAAAACGUGCAACUCUGUUCAAUAAACGAAAAUGGCCAGUUUGUACCUUUAGAUGGCAAAUAUGAUGGCCCUGUGACUGUUCAUCUAGGAACUAACGGUUCGGAAACACGAUUAAAUGUGACUAAUGGUUCCCAGCACCUUAUCACAGUGACAGUCAACAAGGAGUCUGAGUUCUCAAGAGUUGGGAGACAAUGCUUUAUCUUAACCGUGGACAAUAAUAGUUUAUUCUUCAAGUUCAAAGCAGAAGCAGAUUUCCGAGCAUUCCACCAUCGGUUAAAGCUGAUGAUUGCAGAGAAGAAAGAGUCGGUAUUCAAUGAACGAACAGAUGAAGCUUCUGCUGUACAGUAUUUUCAGUUCUAUGGAUACCUCUCCCAACAACAGAACAUGAUGCAGGACUACAUUCGCACAUCGACAUACCAACGUGCCAUGCUCGAGAAUGGCAUUGAUUUUCACAACAAGGUGGUGUUAGAUGUUGGUGCUGGUUCUGGAAUCCUGUCCUUCUUUGCCAUCCAAGCUGGAGCCAAGAAAGUGUAUGCAAUAGAAGCCAGUUCUAUGGCUCAGCAAUGUGAGGCUCUGGUUCAUAAUAACAAACUUAGUGGAAAGAUCAUAGUUGUGCCAGGCAAAGUGGAGGAGGUGGACAUACCAGAGCCUGUUGAUGUGAUUGUGUCUGAGCCCAUGGGUUAUAUGCUGUUCAAUGAGAGAAUGUUGGAGAGUUAUCUACAUGCCAAGAAAUGGCUGAAGCGUGGAGGAAACAUGUUCCCCACAAAAGGAGAUCUUUAUGUUGCACCAUUCACUGAUGAUGCUUUGUACAUGGAACAGUUUUCUAAAUCUAAUUUUUGGUAUCAGCAGUCUUUUUAUGGCGUUGACCUUUCUGGCCUGCGGAAUGAUGCAAUAAAGGAAUACUUUAGACAGCCCAUUGUGGAUACAUUUGAUGUGCGGAUAUGCCUGGCCAAACCAUAUAAACAUACUGUCGAUUUCCUGACGACGCAAGAAGAAGAGCUGUCCACGAUCGACAUCCCGCUGACAUUUACUCUACAUCAGUCAGGCACAGUGCACGGCUUGGCAUUCUGGUUUGAUGUGGCCUUCUGUGGUCACACCCAGACCAUCUGGCUGUCUACCGCUCCAACUGAACCACUCACUCACUGGUACCAGGUGCGCUGUCUACUCCAGCGACCACUGUUUGUACAACAAGGUCAGGUGAUGACUGGACGAGUGGUGCUAAGAUCCAAUGCAAGACAAAGUUACGAUGUAGAUAUAGACCUUGAAGUGGUUGGCACUGGCAACAAGUCGUCCAACACCCUUGAUCUGAAGAACCCGUUCUUCCGCUACAAUGGUCAAGCACCAUCUCCACCUCCGGGUACGAAUACGGAAUCGCCAACAGAGACGUACUGGAAUAACGUGGCUGACAGUAAUCCUCAGACUACCAAUUACUCGAUCAUCAAUGGUUUGUUGAAUGGCCAUGUUGAUGGGAACGCCCAGGCCAUUGCCCAGAACAACCUGAUUCCAUUAGUUGCCAACAAUGCACCGGUGAACCAGGGCAGCAUCCCGAGUGUGAUCAGUCUGGUCUCUCAUCAGCCACGCACCUCCGUCGGAGGAGGAAUCUCACCAGCAGCAUUUACUCAUGGGCAGGGUGCCGUCAUGGGGAGUGCUGCCAGCUUCCCAGUGAGUCCACAGUAUAUGAUCGGAGACUACACGCUAAAUGUUGUCGACCAAACACAGUUCACAUCGUUCAAGUCAUGAGACUCCCUGCACACAGAUGUCGGUGAUGAUCGGAACUAAACGCCUGUGAUUUGUGACUUGACAAUGUUUUAGUUGUCAUAAAUGCUAACCAUGGAAAGCAGGAAAUGCAGUUUGAUUUCUGCGUCGUUCCAGCCUGUCCUCUGUGGUUUUAAGUGUCUGCAUAUUGCUCUAUUCUUCGUUUCUCCUGAGCUCAAAUUGAAACAAUAUUCUGCAGUAAGUGCUACUAAGCCUUGGCUAAGGUGAAGGGAUAGUAAUCUUUGGAUUUAGUAAAUUUGAAAUUAGUGGUGAAACCAAUCGCUGUGUAAACAUACCUAGAAUUUGGAAAUUAAAUACUGACUUAUCUGACAAAUGAGUGUGUGAGUGUAACCUUUCAGUGUGUAUGAAAAGCUAUUUGAUGCCUCAAGGGAGUAUCUAACACUCUAACUUCUGGAAAGGAGUGUCUUGAGAAAAUGCCAGGCCGACAGUGCUUGUGGGAUGUAUAAGAAAAUGUACUAUAUAUAGGCUACAAACUGCCUGUGCACAUGUUCAGGUGUGCACUGUUGGUCCUUCUACACAGGAACACUGAAAGUAAGUGUUGACUGGGCAUUAUCUGGACACGCUCCUUCAAUGUGCUCAGUCAAGAUCUCCAUGACAGUUGUUAAGGAAGUCUUGGAUCAUCUCUAUGGGAACAUCUGCCCUGGGAAUGGGAUGGUGGGUGAAGAUAAAGCAAUGGAUUCCUACUGUAAGGUAGUAUUCCACCACUGCACACUGCUGUAAAUAGCUGUUCUUGUUUUCACAGAUAAUGCUAAUGCGUAAACUAUUGGGUAUUUCCCAAAGUUACAAACAAUUUGUACAUUUUUACCCUGUGUAUGCAAAAUUGAACGUGUAUAAUAAAAAUAGGACAGUUUUAUGCGGGUUUGGGUAAACUUGUCUCAAAAUGUGUACAUUGCUUCAUAAUUUCUUGUAAGGUGGUGUUUUGAAUUUUGAUUACUUGAAUGGAAUAUCAAUCAAUAUCUGCUGUUCUUGGUUUGAGAAUCACAUACAACGAAGGCCUUCUGCAUGGUCGUUUGUGAAUGGGAGCAUGUGUUAGAUUCAUUGUUUUGAUGCUCUCUAUCAUGUCAAAAAUUCCUGGGUUCUUACCAGCUAUGGUUUCUUUUAAGAGAGAGUGUACAUGUAGGACUAUGUCUAGUUGAUGUUGCUUGCCUGUGAGCAAAGGCAUGUGCACUCACCAUGCAUACUUGAUGAGUUACCCUUCUGCAGUCUUGCCACAUAAAAAGAUUUUAUUGAUUGAAGUUCAUUGGAAGUUCAUUAGUAGUGGUGCAGGGGGGGGGAAUUAAAUAGUUUUACUAUGUAGAUUUAUGUUUAUUCAGAAUGUUGUAUAGAGUCAUUGAUACAAAUGAUUCAAGCCAAAGGGCUGUCCAUUCAAUAUUCUGCACCAUCCGUAGGAUUAUUAAAACGGGUAACUUUUGGUAAAAUGUUCAGGUAUCUGCAAUCAAAUUGCCCAAGGUUUGUAUGGACAGUCCCAAAAUGACUGCAUUUUGGGGAGUGGGUUUGUUCAUUUCGUAUAUCAUAUGAAUAAGGAUAGCCCUGUGUCCGAGAGAGGAACCCAGAAUCCAUAUUUGGCCGUGAUGGGAAUCCUGACAACUCUUCUUGGUCAUGAAAUGCAAAGUGAGCUUGGAGGAACAAACCAGUUCUUUUAGUUUGUACAAAGUAGACUUCUAACACUAGUUAUAGCGCACUGUGUUUAUUUUCACUCGUCACUGCUUACACCAAAUGUCUUGCAGGUGGUGAAGCUGCCAACGGUCCACUUGCCUGCCUCCUUUACAUGGGUGCGACGAACUGGCUGUUUACUUUUGAAGUGUUUCUGACGGUCCUUUCUGAGGAGGGAGACUUGACUGGCCCUCCAACUGUUCCAAUAGCUGGCUAACCUUUUACUAGGUAUCAUUGGCACAGAAAUGUUCCAAAAGGCUUCAGGGUUUGAUUGGCAGAUUGGCUGUCUGCAGAUGAUUUUAACUUAGGGAUGCAGUUUGGGAACUCAACUGGUUUGGUUGAAUGCUAGGAACCUCCCAAUGUAUUGUUGAGUGGACCUGUGGUGAUCAACCCAUGAUGGCUGCUCAACGGUGGUGACCUACUCAUCUCAAUUGCAUGUAUAUUUUAAUCCUUCGUCCUUUGUAAAUAAACUUGUCUGAUGUAAUUAACCACACAGUGUAUUCAGAUGUUAUUCAGAGUUAGAUGUGGCAGGCCCAGUGUUCUCCACAAUGUCCCAAUUCUAAUACAAUGUUAUUGAGUCGGAUUACAUAACCGAUCAAUUGAGUGGGCAAUUACACCCUACACGGUAGACACAGCUGUGUUAUCAUCUUUCAAUGAAAAGGGGUUCAAAAAUUCAGAUGGGUUUCAAUUUUUCAAGUCAUCAGGUAUUGAAGUGGACCGAUUCCUUUAUUUAAGACUUGUGGGGAACACUGCCUUCUAAUGACUGUAGAGUGUUCUGAUUUGUUAGAGGGUGUAUCUGGACAAAAAAAUGUUCCGAUGAGAGACCUGGAUCAGUCAAAACUUCAGUGUCCAUUUUAUUAAAUGCAAAACAUGCUAUUGUGGUCUUGCUAUGCCUUUCUUUGAGAGUUCACCUGAAAAAAGGUUAUAUUCGAACCUCAGUCUUCAUCAUCAAAGGCAAUGCCACUGAUUCAUCAAGGGAACACCAUGUCCAGAUCAACCCCAUUAAACUUCGUGUUUUGUAUUCUUCCUAAUAUUUGUUCGACACUCAGCAGGUGAUUGAUCAGUUAUAUUAACUGUGAAUGUAACUAUUUAAAAGCUUCUUUGGGAAUAAACUUUCUUAUUC